AUGGCAACCAUGGAACUCCCGGAGAAGAAGGUGAAGUUGGAGCCCCAGAUCAAAUCUGUCGACAUGAGCGAGGAUAUGCAACAGGAGGCGAUUGAAGUUGCUCAAGAAGCGAUGGAGAAAUUCACCGUCGAGAAGGACAUCGCGCAACAUAUCAAGCGAGAGUUCGAUGCGAAGAAAGGUGCUACAUGGCAUUGCAUUGUCGGCAGGAAUUUUGGAAGCUUUGUGACUCAUGAGACAAAGCAUUUUAUCUACUUCUAUCUUGGUCAUGUCGCAAUUUUAUUGUUCAAGACCCAGUGA